AUGAGCAAAAAGCAGUGGCCAAUUUUACUGGAGAAAGUAAAAGUGAAGAGUUGGGGAGAAACUCUGCUGAGUGAGUUUGGGCUGAGUGAAGAGAAUAAGACCAGGGAAAAUUUCUCGGAGCCCACAAAACUGCACCUCCCCGGUCGCAGGUUCAAUUGUUCGGUCUCCUCGUUGCGAGGACCUGCAUCCGCCGGUCUCAGGAGCGAGUUCAGGGCCUCACGCAGAGUGGUGACUCUUCCCAUAGCCCCGGGCCACUCCCACUAUAUCGUCCAGCAGUGCUUCCGCGCCUCUGCCAAGGUUCUGCACCGGCCUGAGGUAACUCAGCAGUGGACCGCACUACUUCAUAAGCCCAGUCUUCACCUAACCCCUGCUCCACCGCCUUGCGAGCGCCGCGCCUGCGCGCUCUGCCAGUCCCUCUCUGCCAAAAAGACCCAAAUCUACAGGCGGGAGGAUGGCGGAGUGCGAAAAAGUGCCCGCCCGCCCGCCAUGCGCAGGCGCAGUCACCCUACCGGGCCCGAGCGCGGGAGGCUAGCAGCUGCUGUUGGCUUUCUGGCUGUGUCCAGUGUCAUCACAAUGUCCGCUCCUUUCUUCCUGGGGAAGAUCAUCGAUGUCAUCUAUACCAACCCCACUUCGGACUAUAGCGAGAGCCUGACCCGCCUCUGCCUGGGGCUCACCUGUGUGUUCCUGUGUGGAGCUGCUGCCAAUGCUGUCCGUGUCUACCUCAUGCAGUCCUCAGGUCAGCGCAUUGUGAACAGGCUUCGGACUUCACUUUUCUCUUCUGUCUUGAGGCAGGAGAUUGCUUUCUUUGAUAAGACUCGCACAGGAGAACUGAUUAACCGCCUCUCAUCUGACACUGCACUGCUAGGGCGCUCAGUGACUGAAAACCUCUCAGAUGGGCUCAGGGCUGGAGCCCAGGCCUCAGUGGGUGUGGGAAUGAUGUUUUUUGUGUCACCAAGUCUAGCCACCUUUGUUUUGAGUGUGGUGCCUCCAAUGUCCAUCCUUGCAGUGAUUUAUGGCCGAUAUUUGCGGAAACUGAGCAAAGCCACACAGGACUCGCUGGCACAAGCCACACAGCUGGCUGAGGAGCGCAUUGGGAACCUAAGAACUGUCCGAGCCUUUGGGAAAGAGAUGAUGGAGGUAGAGAAAUACACUGGCAGAGUGGGCCAUGUGCUGCAGUUAGCAAGGAAGGAGGCCUUCGCUCGAGCAGGCUUCUUUGGAGCAACAGGGCUCUCCGGGAACCUGAUCGUGCUCUCUGUGCUGUACAAAGGAGGGCUGAUGAUGGGCAACGCUCACAUGACCGUGGGCGAGCUCUCCGCCUUUCUCAUGUAUGCCUUCUGGGUUGGAUUAAGCAUUGGAGGUCUGAGCUCUUUCUACUCCGAGCUGAUGAAAGGACUGGGUGCUGGCAGCCGUCUCUGGGAGCUCCUGGAGCGGCAGCCCCAGCUGCCUUUUGACGAGGGUGUUACACUAAAUGAGCAGAAUUUCCAGGGCGCCUUGGAGUUCAGGAAUGUGCACUUUGCCUAUCCGGCUCGCCCAGAGGUAUCCAUAUUCCAGGAUUUCAGCCUUUCCAUCCCAUCAGGAUCUGUCACAGCGCUGGUUGGCUCCAGUGGUUCUGGCAAAUCCACUGUGGUUUCACUCCUCCUGCGACUGUAUGAUCCCAUUUCUGGGACUAUCAGUCUUGAUGGGCACGACAUCCGCCAGCUAAAUCCUGUCUGGCUGAGAUCCAAGAUUGGGACUGUCAGUCAGGAGCCAAUUUUGUUCUCUUGUUCCAUCGCUGAGAACAUCGCUUAUGGUGCCUCCAGCCCAUCCUCAGUGACCGCAGAGCAGGUGCAGAGAGCAGCGAAUGUGGCCAAUGCAGCAGGGUUCAUCCGGAGCUUUCCCCAGGGCUUUGACACCAUGGUCGGGGAGAAGGGGAUUCUCCUGUCAGGUGGACAGAAACAGCGGAUUGCAAUUGCCCGUGCACUGCUUAAGGACCCCAAAAUUCUUCUCCUAGAUGAAGCAACCAGCGCGCUGGAUGCCGAGAAUGAGCACCUGGUGCAGGAGGCCCUUGAUCGACUGAUGGAGGGCAGAACGGUGCUGAUCAUCGCCCACCGCCUGUCCACCAUCAAGAAUGCUCACCUUGUGGCUGUGCUUGACCAGGGAAGAAUCAUUGAACAUGGAAAACAUGAAGAGCUGCUUUCAAAGCCCGAUGGGAUAUACAGAAAACUAAUGAACAAGCAGAGUUUUAUUUCAGCAUAAAGAACAGUUACUGAGGGAUUAAAGAUGAAACUCGAAAGCAAAGUAGCACUGCAGAAGAAAAUUUUGAGAGACUAUGAAAUCUGUAAAUGAUACUUCAAAUUAUUUGAAAUAUACCUAUUUUUUCAAAGUAUGUAAAAACUGCCUCAAAAUGCAUUCUCAAGAUCUUAUUAGAGUUUUAAUAAUUAUACAUUUUUAAAUGUCUAUAGCACUGAAUCUGUUUUCAGGUUUUGUGCUUUGUUUUGGAAUACUUUAAUUAGCAUGGCACCUCAUUUUUUUGUCUACUGUUACAUAUUCAAGCAACUGUUCAAAUGACAGUUGUUUUGUUUUGUUUUUGGUACCAGGGAUUGAACUCAGUGCCUUAUACUUGUGAGGCAGGCAGCAGCACCAUUGAGCUAAACCUCAGGUCCAGAUGACAGCUUUUUAAAGGGGGUUAUAGGGCCAGGGAUUUCGCUCAGUGGUUCUGCUGCCUGCCUCGCAAGUACAAGGACCUGAGUUCAAUCCCCAGUACAAAAUAAACAAACAAAUAAAUAAAGCGGAUUAUAAAUCAAACUACUUUAGGCCAGUUUAGCAGUCACCAUGAUUCAUCUGCUUUGUUUCUAAUUUUACUAGGUAGAAUAGCAGAAAAAUGAAAAUCUAACCAUUAUUGUGUAUUCUCAUAAUCUUAUGAAAUGAACCUUGUUUAAAAACAAUUACUGUCAAAGAGAAGGGAACAUUUGUAUUGUCCAAUUCCUGUGUCUUCAGAGGUAAGAGUUUAGGCAUUUUUAUUCACAUGAGAGCUGACUAUGUUUGAAUGUGUCUAGUUUUCAACAUUUUGGCACACAGAAGCCUGAUGAGUUUUUAAAAACAACAAAUGCCAUUCAUUCUUUCCACUUGAAAGCUUCUGUCUUCUCUUUCUUUUUCUUUUUUUUUUGUUUUUUUUGUUUUCUUUUU